GGCGGCAGCGCGGGAGGGAGGGAGGCAGGCUGCCGCUUCUCCCCGACAGACCGAGGGAGCCGCGGGGACUCGGCGCCGAGCGGAGCCCGAGCGGGAGCCGCCCCGCAGCAGAAGCGGGAGCCGCGGCCCCGCCCGUGGGCACCGCGCCACCUGCUCCGGAGCAACAGCUGCGACCCGACCCGCGCCCCGAGCUCCCAGCCCAGAUGGACUUACGGGAGCGACGAGGGCACAGAGAGGCUGCGCUCCUGCUGCUGGAGAAGCUUGGCUGCUGAGUCGGGACGGUCUCCACCAGCCCGCCCGCCCGCUCCAGCCCCAGGCUCCGGGGAGCUCGGGACAGCAUGAACCUGGACCCCCUGCCCUGCCGCUCGAGGACCGUGCGACUCCGCGUGACCUGCAGAACCUUGCUGGGCCUGUUCGCUGGUCUGGGCGACCUAGACUAGCCAGGUCCGUGAUCUGGGGAGACUAUGUCCAGGCCCCCGGACUGCCUGCUGCAGCUGCUGUGGGGCACCCCCAGGCAGCGGGUCUGCACCUUCUUGCUCUUCGGCUUCAAAUUCUCGUUCUUCGUCUCCCUUAUCAUCUACUGGCAUGUUGGAGGAGAGCCCAAGGACCAAGGCCGCCUCUAUAACCUGCCUGUGGACAUCCCCUGCCCCACGUUGGGGCCCCCCGGCCCGCCCAACAGCACGCGACUUGCGGGCAGCAACAUCUUCUUCCUGGAGACUUCGGAGCGGACCAGCCCCAACUUCCUGUUCAUGUGCUCGGUGGAGUCGGCCGCCAGGGUGCACCCCGAGGCACAGGUGACCGUGCUGAUGAAGGGGCUGCGCGGCGCCCCGCCGCCCCGGAACCUGGGCACCUCGCUCCUGGGCUGCUUCCCCAACGUGCAGAUGCUGCCGCUGGACCUGGACGCGCUGUUCCGGGGGACCCCGCUGGCCGCCUGGCAUGCGGCCUCCCGGUGGCGCUGGGAGCCCUACCUGCUGCCCGUGACCUCGGACGCCGCGCGCAUCGCGCUGCUGUGGAAAUUUGGGGGCGUCUACCUGGACACGGACUUCAUCGUCCUCCGCAGCCUGGGGAACCUCAGCAACGCGCUGGGCGCCCAGUCGCGCUACGUCCUCAACGGCGCCUUCCUGGCCUUCGAGCGGCAGCACGAGUUCCUGGCGCUGUGCAUGCGCGACUUCGUGGCCCACUACAACGGCUGGGUGUGGGGCCACCAGGGCCCCCAGCUGCUCACCCGCGUCUUCAAGCGGUGGUGCAACAUCCGCAGCCUGGCCCAGGGCCGCAGCUGCCGCGGCGUCACCGCCCUGCCGCGCCAGGCCUUCUACCCCGUGCCCUGGCAGAGCUGGAAGAAGUACUUCGAGGACAUCAGCCCCGCGGAGCUGUCAGGGCUGCUCAACGCCACCUACGCCACCCACGUGUGGAACAAGAAGAGCCAGGGCAUGCGCUUCGAGGCCACGUCCCGGACGCUGCUGGCGCAGCUGUACGCCCGCUACUGCCCCACCACACACGCGGCCAUGCGCCUGUACCUGUGAGGGGCCCGCUGGGGCUGGGGUGGGAGCAGGAGGCGGGAGACAGUGUGGGGCAGGGAGGUGGGGUGCCCCGGCCCGCAUCUGCCCCUCC